AACGCAUCCGUAGUUCAUCUUUCCAUCCAAAGAUACCAAUUGCGAAAUGAAAAUGAGAUCCAUGGAGGAAAUAAUUGCCCAUUUCCAUCACACCAUGAACUCCACUGAAAUGACUCUUGAGGUAGCACUGGAGUUUUGGCUGCAUGAAAAUUGGUUAGUGUCGUUGGGAUUGUUGGUAGAGGAUGAUAACCAGCUCCCAAGCAUGAGCCUUCAGCUGCUCAGAGAACAUGCUGCUGCGAAUGAGCAAUUGUUGAGGACGCCUUUCAAAGUGAAGUACAUUCAGAUCGCUAGCCAAGGGGAACUGUUAUGGGAGGACUUAAUAAGCAGUGAAAGUGUGGGCACACAACUUUUGGGGAAAAAUGAUAAGCUGAGGUACAUAGUACCACCAAAUGAGCUUUUCAUAACCAAAAUCCAAACACAACAAGAUGUAUGUGCAGUGCAACUGAAUUGUGUUUGGUCUUCCACCGUACCAAUGGAAGAGAUGAAUUUCGUUGUUGAGAUUAUAGGAACGGGGACAGUGGCUGAAGAUUUGGUGAUUGGGAGCUUUAAACCAGUAUCUAUUAUCAUAUGGAAUGUCAGAAACGCCCACAGAGAUCAUUUUGCAGAUGCAGUAAUGGACUUAUGUGCUAGGAUUUUGGCGGACGUUAUUUUUCUGUUUAAUACACGGCUCACCUCUGAUGGUGCAGUGCAGGGGAUCUUAGAGACACUCCCAUAUGACACACAGUAUUCAACAACGGAACAAGAUCUAAGAGGCGGAUCAACUGUUAUGUGGAACGGCAGUUAGGUAAAUUUACUUUGUGGAGGAUGGAAGUAUGGAGGAGAAGUUGACAGCUGGGUUUUCGUUGUCAGUCAGCUUGAAGAAGGGACUUGGUCAAAAGGAAAUGCACAAAUUGCUGCACAUUGCUUAUGUAUUGCUGCAACUACUUGUUUCUCUGUUUAGAUUGUGCUAAAUUUACCAUAAGGUAGGUUUGUCAGUUAGUUUAGGUGUUUCCCUUAACUUCAGUACUAAGAAUUAAUGUUUAAAUGGUUC